AUGGCGCCGCUGGGGGGCCAAGAGACGCGGCUCACCUGUGACAUCUCCUGGGACGAAGAGUCUUGGGAUGAUCUCAGGCCAACAGAAGAAGCGUUCAUUCCUAUCCGCAACGCCAUUUACUCUUGCGUCCUCACCGACUCUGGCAAAGAUCUGUUAACCUACUGUGGCAUGUUUCUGCAACCUGAUGACCGAGGCCGCCAUCUGGAUCUCUCAAACCACGAGCCGGAGAAAGUAUCCGCCCGCAUCCUGCGGACCUGCCGGGCCGUCCAGGACGAGGCCUCGGGGAUACUGUAUUCCGAAAACACGUUCAUCGCGCUGGGCCUGCACGAGCUGCGCCAGUGGCUGGAGGUCAUAGGCCCGAGGAACCGCGGGUUCCUGCGCCGCGUCCUGGUGGGAUGGGACUACAGCGCGAUGAGGCUCCCCCGCGCCCAUCUCGGCACCUCCGCGCAAAGGCUGGAAUCUUGGGCGAGCCGCUCCGACCCGUGGUUCAUCGAGAUCUCGCAGGCGAUCAGCAGGCUCCUGGCCGACUCCAGGGGCCUCAAGGUGCUGCACAUAUUGGACCUCUCGCGUACCCCGGAGUGGGUGCUGCCGCCGGUGUCCUUUCAUUGGUGGCAGGCGAGGAGCAACAGCAUCCUCGUCCGCCACCAAUACGUGCACUCCCGGAGCACCGCCGAGGCCUUUUACGACGGCUUCCUCCCCCUCAUCACCACGGGUCUGGAGAACGGGAGGACGCCGGAGCAGAUGAGCCGCGUCUUGCUCGGCUCGCACUCGCGGAUCGAGGUGCCGCGGACUCAAUGUCAGGAGCUGGAAGAGGCGCAAAUGCACCUCACGUUGUUGAUUGACAGGUACCGAGAGUGUUGA